AUGGGGAAGUUUGUUAUUAAUAAGGGGCUACAAUAUGUUGGAGGAGAGAUACACGUGAUCAAAGGAUUUGAUCUGAAUCGUUGGUCGUAUUUUGAAGCAGUUGGAAUAGUUAAAGAAUUUAAGUAUGAUGCAGACUUCAAACUAUGGUGGAAGGGGUUGAAACAAAGGUUGAUGAAUAAUGUGAGAUUAUUGAGUGAUGACAGGGAAGCACUGUACUUGGCUCACUAUGUAGAGAAGAAUAAGGAAGAGGUAGAAAUCUAUGUUCAACAUGUUUCUAGUGAGGCAGUGGAAGUUCACUUUCUUAGUUGUGGUGAAGUGGCAGAUGAAGGAGAAAAGUGGAAGACGAAGAGGGUAGAAGGGUUGGAAGAGGGUGAUAGUGUUGUAGAAGAGGGUGAAUGUGUUGAGCAACAGGGUUCACAUGUUAAUGUGGUUGUAGAGGUUGAAAUGGGUGAGGAAGAGUGUGAUGGUGGUGAGGAACAUGAAGAGGUUGAAAUGGGUGAGGAAAGGGAAGAAUGUGAUGGUGGUCAUGAACAAGAAGAGUUGAAAUGGGUGAGGAAGAAGAAGAGUGUGAUCGGUGGUGAUGAACAUGAAGGGUUGAAAUGGGUAAGGAAGAAGAAGAGUGUGAUGGUGGUGAUGAACACAGAAGAGGUUGAAAUGGGUGAGGAAGAAGAAGAGUGUGAUGGUGGUGAUGAACAUGAUUAUCUUCGUGAAGAAGAGGAAGGGGGAAUGUGUGAGGGGAGUAAAGCUUCAGCUGAAGAAUGUCUAGAUGACAUGAAGAAGACAAAAGGCCUAUGA